ACGCGUGUUUAGUUUACAAGAAUCGAUCCACCUAGCCACCUUGAUUCCUCAUCUCGAUUAUAAAUCUCGUGUGUAUUCAAACUAACUAAGAGAAAAAAAAUUUAUUUUUAAACAAAAUCUCCUCGAUUUAAAAAAGAAAAAAAAAAUAUAUAUAAAAAAAUAAUUAAGUGAAUUAGUGUACAUUCAUACAAAUACACGGUGCAAAUUAAAUUUUGAGAAUUAAAGAGGAAAUAAAUAAAUAAACCGUCAUUGGAUAUUUUAAAUAGAAUUUUUUUUAAAAUUGAAAGUUGUUAAAUCCUUAUGUUCUAUCGAAAAGAUCGGAUUUGAAAAAAAAUUUGAGAACACGUUCCAAGACUCUUCGAUUGUCCAACAUCAUUUUUAAUCCCCAUUGGUGGACCUCGUCCGAGGUCGAAGCCCUCCAACAUGCUGCCGCAACGAAGGAUAACGAUCUGUGCGGUGAUUUUUGGACUGUUCUGUAUCGGCGAAUCACCGGUGUCCUGUGAUAAGGAACAAAGCAGGAACGCAGCAUUGAACGAGCCCGACUUCGAAAUUCCUGAGUACAUAUUACCCUGCAGUAGGUCAGAUCCCAAGAUAGACGUGUGCUUUCAGAAUACAUUGAAUCAUCUGCAGCCAUAUUUAUUGAAGGGUAUUUCUGAAUUGGACUUGCCCCCAAUCGAACCGCUGAUCAUCCCCGAACUGGGAAUGGAGAACGGCCAAGGGGCUGUUCGCGUCAGGGCAUUGUUCUCCAAUAUCACGGUCAUAGGGGCUGGAAAUUACUCGUUAACGAAGUCACGAGUCGACCUGAAAACUUACAGGCUUGACGUUCAUUUGGCGUUCCCGAAGAUCGAACUUCAAGGCCGUUACGAGGUCGUGGGAAACGUGUUGCUCUUCCCCAUUCAGAGCCAUGGCGAAUUUUGGGCCCUUUUCGGUGACGUGCAGGCGGUCGCCCGUAUCCAGGGCGCGGAGGAGAUCCGCGACGGGGUUCGUUACUUGAAAGUGGUGCGGAUGCUGGUCGAUUUCGGUCUUGGCCGCGCCCGUUUCCGGGUGGUCGAUCAAUUGAACGGCGACAACGUGAUCGGCCAAGCGAUGAACCAGUUCCUCAACCAGAACGCGAAGGAGAUCAUCGAGGAGAUGAGACCGGCGGCGAGCGCCAGUAUCGCGAAACACUUUAAGAAUUUCCUUGGCAAGGCUUUGAACAAGGUCCCGUUGAAAGUUUGGCUUCGCGACACGUAGCUCUCUUCUCUUUUCUUCCGAGAACCAUCACUUCUUUUCUUUCUUUUUUUUUUUUUUCUUUUUUUAAUUUCAUUAUUCUGAAACGAUCGAUGAAAGGUUCGAAGAAAGGUGAGAAAAGGAUCGAUGGAUCUUGAUGGACAGAUUGUUUUGACGAUAUCAAAGUGUGCACGAUGUGGAUCGAAGAAGAAGAAGAAGAAGAUAUUAAUAAAUUUAUCGUUUUUUUUUUUUAAGGAUUUAUACGAAUCGAGGUAAUGUUUCGAGUGAAGUUGUUUUUGGUUGUUUGAACUUUGGUUGAAAGAUAAUUUUUUCUUUUUACUUGUUUUAAAAAUGAAAUUUUGGAAAGUUUCUCUUUCCUUAGGAAAGAUUCCUUUCUAUUCCUUUAAUUUUUCUUUUUUUAAUUUCGUUCUAUUUAUGAUCUUUAUAAUUUUCAGGCAAAUGAAUCUCUAUAUUGUAUCAUUUUACGUAUUUCAAUAACAAGAAACAAGUGUCUAGCGUUAUUGUAAUUACUUAUCGUUAAUUUCAAUUGCAACGCAGUGAUCUUUCGUUUGCAUUAUCGAUGAUGUAUGGCACAUGCAUCGUGCAUUAAAGACAAUUAUUGCUAAAAAUAUAUUCAAUUUUGCAAAUUUAUUUCUUGCUCUUCGAGAUUACACGUAUAAUUCUAAUAUAAUUUAAUUUUAUCUUGUGAUAAUUUUUGCUUUUACAUUUAUCUCUAGAGAAAAUGAUUAUUGUUGUUCAAAUAUUACAUCGAAUUUUAAGACAAUCGUGAAUUUUUAUUUUCAAAGAUAUUUCUCCUUAUCGAAAUGUCAGAUUAAACAGGGACGAGAAAGGAAAAAUAAAAAUAUAAUUCUAUCUACGCACUUGAGUAAAUAAUUUUGUCACACUGCCUAUCGAGAAAUCUUUUCGAAUAACGUGUGAAAAGUCGAGAUAAUAUUCGAUUUUCUGUGUACGAUGUAACAUUGUCUGCCAGGAUUACGAUUAGUUUCUUGUUUACAAAGGUACGUAACGACGAUACACGGGAUUAGUCAUUAUUGAAAACAUUUAUAUUUUAUGUUUUCAUUAUGAUUCAAGUAUCGUAGAUCCAUCAUAGAAGAUUUCAUGCCUUAAAUAUACGUGUAAUGACAAAAUUUUAAAUCUAGAAUUCAAUUGAAAAUGAAAUAAAGAUGCCAGGAUAGUUUCAUACGUGUUUUAA